AUGGAAUUCAUUAAAUCUAAUAAAAAUAAGCUUUUACUAGUUUAUAAUAGUUAUACAUAUAGAGAGGAAAAAAUGUACAAGGAAUCGAAGUAUUGGAAAUGUAUAGAUAUGAAAUGUAAGGGUCGAUUAACAACUACAAGUGAUAAUAUAAUUAAAAAAGAGCCUUCAGAGCAUAACCACGUUCCAGAUAUAUGCAAAUUAGAAGUAAAAAAAGAAGUCGAGAGAAUGAAAUCCCAAGCACUAUCGUCAUAA